AUGCGCCAUAGCGCCCGUUUUGUCAAGAGCGAGCAAGGACAAUUGGAUGAACCCAAUGACCAUGCAUCAUUGUCUGGUGAGUGGUACAAAAGUCCUCCUGCGUUGCAAGCCAUCGAACGAAACCUACAUAGAACACCAGUAACCAUGGUCGUCUUUCCCGAAACGCAAACACUUCUAGGCCAUCUCAGCUCUGAGACAUCGACGCUGCCGAUGAGUGUGCCCUCUAUCAGUACGCACUUCCCGCCGCCCGUGUGGCCAAGGACUCAAACGGCAGAAGCCAUCAUAUCUGGGGAAUAUGAGCACACGGUCCCGCCCUUCGCGCUGUCACUGUCAGACGCCCACAACGCGAAGUCCAACCCGACCGCCGACGGCAACAUGUACGAUAACCAAGGUGCUUUCCGUGCUCGUGUACUUGAGCCGAGCGUGGUUUCCCCGAUCCAGCGCCAAACUUCACAGCUUGCAUGCACACCGGUUCUCGUCGAGAUUCCUCCGCCGCGGAAUGACCCGCGCGGGGUGCUCGCCUGGCUCCGCGGGGAGUGCGAAUAUCCGGCAGCAUAUCUAACACAGUCGAUGCAAUUGGCUCGUCAAACCCAACGACAGUUAGCUAGGCGGGCGAUCGCGAGGAGUCGGCAAUACGCUGAAGAUGAGCAGAUAAGCAGGAUACUUGUGAAGCGGCUGAAGAGGAUGAUAAUGAGGGCGGGCAGGCAUCGCCGCAGACCGGAUCCUGGCGACUGGCUGCUGUUGCUCGCUGUGCUAUCGAAAGCCUGA